UUAUCCACAAGCUGAAGAUACCAACGUUUCAAACGACAGGUGAAAAAAAGGCAGCCUUGAUACCACCACCAGCAUGGCCAUCACGGCCUCAUCUGCUCACCUGAAAACACCUCGUUCCUCAGAUGAACUCUGCACUUCCCAUCCUUCACAAGCAUAUCUCUCAUCAAAAUCCCUCUCCUUUACUCCAAUACACAAUACCCAAAUCGAUAUAAGCUAUAGCAACAAGAAUAAGCUUUAUGCCAUUGCUGAUUCUUGGAAAUGGAGAACCAAAGUUUCCUUCUUUCAAGGCUUCUUGGUAAAAGAGAAAGACGUUAAGAAACUUAAAGAGGAACUUCUUGAGGCCAUAGCUCCCCUUGAUCGUGGGGCUGAGGCUUCACAAGAGGUUCAAGAACGGGUUGAUGAGAUUUCUCGUAAACUGGAGGCAGCAAAUAAAGUGAAGGAACCUUUGAAGUCCAAGCUGCUGAAUGGAAAAUGGGAGCUUAUAUAUACAACAUCUCAAUCAAUUCUCCAAACAAAGAGGCCAAAGUUCUUAAGACCAAAUGGGAAAAUCUACCAAGCAAUUAAUGUGGACACUCUAAGGGCUCAAAAUAUUGAAACUUGGCCAUUCUUUAAUCAGGCCACUGCUAAUUUGGUACCUCUAAAUGCAAGAAGGGUUGCUGUUAAAUUUGACUUCUUUAGAAUUGCUGGUCUGAUACCCAUUGCAUCACCUGGAAGUGGCCGUGGUCAGUUGGAAAUCACAUACUUGGAUGAGGAGUUACGAAUCUCAAGAGGUAAUAGAGGAAAUUUGUUCAUUUUGAAAAUGGUGGAUCCAUCUUACAGAGUCCCCCUCUAAGCUCAUCCAUAUUGAGCAUAACUCUUGAAACAAAAUUGUAAAAGUGCAAAAAGCUCCUUAUUAUUAUUAUUAUUUUUAC